AUGAGCGCUUCCCGUCCAGACGUAGCCGAGGUGGCUGAGGCAUCUAGUAUGCCGGCCCCUAUGGCUGAUCCAUUCCCCAGUUUGGGUGAGAGUACCGUACCCAGCGUAUCUGCCGCGGCCAAAUCGGCAAAGGCACCGGCGCGUCCAGAUGUCACGUCAGAAGAUGCCUUCCCAUCGCUCGGUGCUGCGUCCAGUGCAGCAUCCCGCCCCGGGGCGUCGGCAUGGGUGAGCUCUGUGCCUGUGAUUCAGCGUGUUACGCACACGGCAAGUGUCUCGCUGCGUUUGUCGGAGGAGCAGAUGAUGAAGCUCAGCACCCUUUUGCAGCGUGUCCAAGACAAGUGCCGUGGCGUGAAAAUCGAGGCAAGCACGACCCGCAAGACAGGUGUUACAAUGUUCAUCAUAAAGGGCCCUAGCGAGUCUGCCGUGCAGCAGGCGAAGAAGGAACUGUCUGUCCAGCUCGCUCGGAAAGUGCAGCUGUCGAUGCUAAUUCCUGCGGCUCUUCGUCCGUUUGUAGUGGGCGCCGGUGGCAAGAACAUCAAGGCGAUCACGGAGCAGACAGGUGUGCGAAUCCACAUCCCGCCACGCUCGAAGGACCUGCCUAUGGAGGAAAAUGAGGACCCACUGCUGGGCGAACAGACCGAAGUUACCAUUGAAGGCGAUGAAGUCAACGCACUUGAGGCACAAGAGAUGAUUCAUGCCAUUGUUGCCGAGCGUACCUCGAAGAUUACGCAGCGUGUGGCGUCCAUUGAGCCGAUUUACUACCCCUUCAUUUUCGGCCCGCGUGGCAAGCGUGCGGCCGAGCUGGCCGAGCAGCAGGGACGUGGUGAAGUUCAAGUGCAUAUUCCUCCGCCUAUGCGCGACGGUCCUAUUGUGGUAUCGGGUGAACGUAACUCUGUGACGGAUGUAGUGCAGGCGAUACAGGACGAGGUGGACCAGAUGCGCCGCCUGUUCCGUACAUUGUCGAUCAACAUUCCGAAGCGCCAACAUGCUUUCUUGGUGGGCGACAGUGCUGCUGACAUCCUCGCUGCGACGCAGUGCAGCAUUGAGUUGCCGCCUGUGCACGACCCGUCGGAGAACGUCACGAUCCGCGGUCCCCAGGCGCAGCUUCCACAGGCGUUGACCGCUGCGAUUGAACGUGCAAAUGCUGUGUCUGUGCAGCCCCUUGACCUUCGUGCACUGUACCCUGAUGCAGACGAGGGCCAUGCACGCCGCGUCGUCCAAUGGCUCGCUGGUCGCUUGCCGCGGGAGGAUGGAGUGCAGGUGUUCCUUCCACGCGCCUCGGCGCUUGACCAGGGCUUAGCCUCGGUCGAUGUUGUGGGAGAAGAUGCUGCGUCGGUCAUGCGUAUGCACCAGCAACUCGAAGCACUUGCGCGCCCCAUCGGUCCCCAUGCUGUGCGUGUGGCGGAGGUGGACCCAUUGGCUCAUGGCUUUGUGGUCGGCAAGAAGGGCCAAGGUUUGCGCAACUACGAAAACAAGGGCAUCGAUGUACUGGUGCCGCCAGAAAGCUCCGGCCGCUCGGAUGUGUUACUCGUCUUCCGAGGCGUAGACAAGGAGCCACGUCCAGAUGAAGUCGCUAUGGCUGCAGCUCUUGAUGCAGCCGUGGCCGAGUUGGCCAUGACGGCGGCUCAGGCGGCGGAUCUGCGCACGGAGCACAUCCAGAUUCCGGCCAAGUUCCACCCUGACCGCAAUUUACUGAAUGCCAUCUUGGGUGAAGACCGUCUGCAUGUGUCGCUGGGCGCACGCCACCCAUCGAAGCACGUUACCGAGCCGCUCACUGACGACUCGGUUGUUGUGCGCGGCGCCAGUGAGGCGGUGGCACGUGCGAUUGCGCGUCUCCAGCAGCUCGCUGCCGAGGCCGAGCAAGACCAGAUCGUGAACGGUCACGUGGACCAAAUCGAGGUGCCUGGCCAGUAUGUGCCGCACUUGAUCGGCCGCGGUGGCGCGGGCGUGGCGAAGCUGCGUGACGAGCUGGGCGUCAAGGUGGACUUUGGCGACUUGGACGAGGAGGCGCGUCGGAAGAACGUGCCGAUUGUCAUUACUGGCCGCAAGGCUUGCGUUGAUGAGGCCAAGGCGCGUUUGCAGGCGCAGGCGCAGCGUCUGGCGGACGAAGUGACCGUCCGUAUCAAUGUGCCGAACGAUAUGCAUGGCGCGCUCAUUGGCCAGGGCGGCAAGUACGUAUCGCGUCUCCAAGACAAGUACGACGUGCGUAUCAACUUCCCUCAUGCCGGCGGCGACGACUCGCUGAAGCCCGACGAGGUCUCGAUCCGCGGUGGUAAGAAGGGCGUUGCCGAGGCUAAGGCCGAGUUGCUUGAGCUUCUGGCAUACGAACAGGAGCGCAGCAACAGCGAGUCCAUGUCGGUGUCAGCCCGUGCGAUUCCACGUAUCCUCGGCCGCGGUGGCGCGAUGAUCAACCAGCUCCGUCUCACGACCGGUGCUCAGAUCGAUGUCGAGAGUGAGCCUUCGCGCGGCAGUCGCGAAGGUACCGCAUCGCUGCGUCUGCGUGGCGCACCGGCCCAGAUUGCCGAAGCUAAGAACGCGAUCCAGUCGAUCGUCGACCAGGUGGAAAGCGAGGCCGAGAUUUUCCUCACGAUCCCAUCGAAGUUCCAUGGCCAGAUCAUUGGCCAAGGUGGCCAGAACCUUCGCGACUUGAUUCAGCGCGCUGGUGGCCCCUCAGAUGCCAAGGCCCAGGCGCAGAUGGUUCGUUUCCCGCGUGGCGGCGGCAGUGACGAAGUCUCAGUGCGUGCGUCCAAGGAACUCGCGGCCAAGGUUGCCGAGUUGCUGCAGGCGCAUGCACAGGGCCUGGCUGAUCGUGUCGUGUAUGGCGCUGUGGCGCCUCCCACGACACACAGCCAGCUGAUUGCUCGUGGAGGUCGCCGACACAGUCCAUGGCUGACCGAGCAUGGCGUUCAAGUCAUUGUGCCGAACUGGCGUGAGUUUGCUGAGCUUGGUACUCCUGCCAAUGAGGAAGAGCUGAAAGACGCCGACCCUUCACAUGUCGUCAAAGUACACGGUCCGAAAGACGCUGUGCCCAAAGUACUGGACGAGAUUAAGAAGGUUGUCGAGUCAGACGCCCAGCGUCGUAGUAACAAGCCGCGCUCACGUGCGGCUAUGCAUGCGCGUGUCGACGAGGUCCCUGAUGAAGACGCAUAA